AUGGCGGGGGUUGGUCGCCCUAUGGGGCAACACCCUUACACGCUUAAUGCUUUCAGAUACGCGAUGAACUUCGCCCCAUUUACGGGGCACGUACCGUCUGGGACGGGUCUGCCUACGAUUCAGCAGUUCGCGGCUAAGUUUGGAUAUGAAAAUGGUGGGGUCAAUGGGAGCGUGGUGCAAGAGACUCGAUAUCAAACUCCUGGGGUCCAGUUCACGGUGGCACCCGGAGUGGUGGACUCCAUGAAGUUUCGUCAGGGUGAGAGCGUUGUAGUGAUGAGCAAUCCUCAACCGGGUGGUGUUACUUUGGCCGGGAUUGGAACUAUGCCAGCUGGUGUAAAGUACCAGACCAUUACAUCAUCGUCAACAGUGAAUGUUGGCAAUAUUGCGUACAGCGGCCAAUAUGUAUCAGAAUCUGACCACUUGAAGGGUGAUCGGGACAAAAGGGAGUACAGGGAAGAAUUGCAGCACGAUAUAAUGGCAACUAUGAUGCAGCAGCAGCAGGUAACCCAAGCACCACUUCAGCAAGGAACGCAGCAGUUGUUGGUGGUACUACAUGAACCAAAAGAGGCGGCGGCGUUAGCUCGAGCCCUCAAGCAAGAAGUCAGGCAAGACAGGACUGUUACGGCAGCGCCUGCUGAAUUUAUUAGUAUUGGAGACGUAUCUGAUGGCACUUGGCAGACAAUAGGCAGCGGCGUGGCAGACUAUUUGGCGGCCUUACCACUUCCUCUCCACCAUCUCUUGAAGUACUCUGCUCCAGCGGAGAAGAGAGAAGAACAAACGACGAUUGUUACAGCAACUACACCAGCUGUUGCUACCAUGACACAGCAAAUAACGCCAAACAACGAGAACAGCGUUGUAGUACAGAACACAUCUAUUAUUAACACAUCAGCUAAUACACACACGCAAGGCACGAACACAAUUGAAGCACCUAUCGCAAACACGCUCUACUACAGCAACGGUAGGAAAAAGAAGAAGAAGAAAGAGAUACAAGUGAAGAAGCCGCGUCCGAAGCCAGGCGAGAUAAGGAUUACCACAGCACUAGACGGAAGCACACUGUACUGCUGCCCAGAAUGCCACAUGGCUUACCCAGAACGAGACCUUGUCGAUCAACAUCUUGUAGGUCACACAAUGGAAAGGAAGUUCAUCUGUGACAUCUGCAACGCAGCUCUGAAGCGAAAGGACCACCUGACGCGUCACAAGCAGUCUCACAACGCUGAGCGGCCCCACGUCUGUUCCGUCUGCUUGAAAGCCUUCAAGCGUAAGGAGCAGCUCACUCUCCACUUCAUUAUUCACUCCGGGGAGAAGAGGCAUGUGUGUAAUGAGUGUGGCAAAGGUUUCUAUCGCAAGGAUCAUUUGAGGAAACACACGCGUUCGCAUAUCGCUCGGCGGGUCAAAGCAGAGCUAUCGCAAGAGACCACUACACCACCUCUUUCACAGGUGGCACCCGCUCCUACUUUAGAACCAUCUUGA